UCCCCGGAAGUCGGGGUGCGGGUUCGGCCGCGGGCUCGGAGCAGCCCGGGCCUGCAUGGCAGCAGUGGUUCUGGGGGAAGAUAAGAUGGGUCCUGAGCGGAUCUUCCCAAACCAGAAUGAGGAUCUGGGGCAGCAUCAGGGCCCUACAGAGGGCACAGGUGACUGGAGCAGUGAAGAACCUGAGGAAGAGCCUGAAGAUUUGGGGCCAGGCCCAACAGACUAUUCCUACCAGCCUCUAAACCAGGAUCCUGAGCAAGAAGAAGUAGAGCUAGCACCAGUGGAAGCCAUUGAAGAUGCAGUCACUGACAUUCAGGAGCGUAUCCAGGCCCUAGGACUGCACCUGCCUGAUCCUCCUGUAGAGAGUGAAGAUGAGGAAGAGGAGGGAGCCGUAGCAUUGAGCAGCAGAAGCUCUAUACCCAUGGACCCAGAACAUGUGGAGCUGGUGAAACGGACAAUGGCUGGAAUAAGUCUACCUGCCCCAGGAGUCCCUGCUUGGGCCCAGGAGAUUUCAGAUGCCCAGUGGGAAGAUGUGGUACAGAAGACUCUCCAAGCUCGACAGGCAACCUCUACGUGGAAGUGACUACCACUGAGAACUGCCUCGUUUCUUUUUUCCCUAAUUUCAGACCUAAGACCACCUCAGUGCACAACUAGAUAAAUCUCUGGUCCCAAAUUA